AUGGAUUUGAAUGAGUUCCCCCCAGAAUUGGAUUAUGAUUUUCUAGAUGAAAGCAUUGCAAAUCCUUCCUACUAUACUCAGGCACCCUUAUGUGAUGCGAGUUUGCGGGGCAGUGAGCAUAACAAUGCUGGCAAUGAUCUUUACAACCAGAAUGACAGUGACAAUCAAAAUGCUGAUGCUUGUUCUCUUAACAACCCAGAAGAUGCUGCUACUCCUGAUCAACUUGUGUUGGGUGUUACAGAAGAAGUGGAAGAGGAUAUUUGGUUAACGCCACCAGUGCCUUAUGGAGGGCAGACAUUUUCCAAAAAGAAGAAGAAGCUGGACGGUGGUACAAAGAGAAAGAGGGAGAAGAUGUUACAUACAGACUGCAAAGAUAGGAUGGUUGUCAAGUUAAUUGCUGAUAAGUGGCAUGAUGGGCAGGACUUCAGGACUGAUGAUAGGGAGAGGAGAAGGUGGUCUAAAUACCCUAUUGAGAUACACGCAUCUGCUGUGUACACUAAGAACCUGUUCUAUAGAUUUUCAAAAGAAUUUGAGAAAACGGCUGAGUAUGAUGUCAGGCCUGAGGGUCAGUUUCUGUAUUUGCUCGAGCCUAACAACAAAUUUGUCUAUGGCUAUGGCAAGAGGACAUAUAUCGUGACAGCUGUGGUGGAGGAAGAAAGCUACUACUGUGAGUGCAGCAAGUUUGAUGGAGAUGGGAUGUUUUGUUGCCAUAUAAUGAAGAUUUUGACAAGAUUAGAUGUGAAGACUAUACCUCAGCGGUACAUAUUGAAAAGGUGGACAAAAGAAGCGAUUCCAGAAAAUGAGAACGUUGAUCCUAAUGCACAUGUGCCUGCUGAUUUUAUAGCCAGUGGGAUGCCCCUGAACAACAAAAAGACUUUGUGGUUCACCAAUCUGUCUACAGCUUUCACUGGUUUGGUGGUUGAGGGCUGUGCUUCAAAAGAGACCUACACUAUUAUGGACGGGCAUAUAAAGAUGAUGAGGGCUGAAAUAGAUGAAAUCAAGCAGAGGAAGAAAAACAAUGCCCAGAAGGUGCGGGGCAGCAAAUGUGCACCAUCUGUCUGUGUUUAUGGGGAUGAUAAUACAGCUAAUAUGACUAUUAUUGCUUCAGCUGAUGCACAAUCUGUACCUGGUCCUAUAGUGCAUAAUGUUUUAUCAGAACAUGAUACUAAUGUAAAUGAGAACACUGCUUCAACAGGAGUUGAUGAUGCUGCCCUUGUUGGUAUCACCAAUGAUGUGGAUGGUGCUAGUGCAUUGAUGGCAGAUGUUGGGAACCCUCCAAGAUCGAAAGUCAAGGGCCGCAAGAAAGAUAAAAGGUUCAAAAAGGGAUGA